UUACUGACGUGCGUCCUCGGUCAGUCGAACGCGUGCAUACAGUUAGCUACGAGCUAGUACCGCUCGUCUUCGUUCACUGAUAAACACUUACAUCCCUGGGUAGAAAGAAGGUAGCAAGAAUAAUUAUCAGUGUCAGUUGGAGAUCGUGUCGCAAACCUGACUUAAUCGUAAAAUUGGAAUUAAGUGAUAUACAUAUAUUAAUUCGUUGACAAAAUCCAUAAGUGAAUGGUGAGGGAUUUUUGAGGGAGGAGCUACGACGGGAAACGAACGGUGGGGAUUCUGAGAAAUUUAUGAUUCGAUUAUGCGUUGAUAUUUUUUAUGAUAGCGGUUGUAUCGCAACGUCAGUAGGGCCAAGUAUUAAGUGAUAUAUUGGUGCGUGUCCAAGAGAAAGUACGGAUUAACAUGCGGUGCGAAACGCGCUCGACGCGAUCGGAAAUGCGAGUGUACGCGACGGUCUUCCUGGUGGUGUGCUGCUUCCUGUGUCUCCCAUGUUCAGGCGAGGAGCCAAAAGCGAGCAAUACCUUGUCAUCUUCGAUAGGCAACAGCACGGCAGCUCAGAUAGCAGCGGGCGAGCAGCGGCUCGGGGAUCAGAUUCGUGCGAUUCUCAAGCAUUAUCAGCAAGCGGAUCCGGUCGGGCUGCCGGGCGCGCCGAUACCGGAUCCGAUGCCAGUGCCGGAUAUGAAGCAUUCCUUCUCCAUAUACACGAUGAAUUUUAGGAAGAUCAAUGUUUACGGACUGACCAAGUUCCGUAUCGAGCACGUAAAAUCAGAACUGGCACAUAUGCAGGUAUCCGUCGCAGUAAAGAUCGAUGUUCUUGAUAUUCGUGGAUUAUACACAUUGGCGUCGUGGCUCUCGAGGUCCGAGGGCGAUUUUAUGGUGACACUCACUGGCGUAAACGUUAAUGGUGUUGCCAGACUAGAAGUGGGCACCGAUGGCAAAUUACAAGCUCAGGACAUCGACUUGGAUUUGACUUUCAAUAAGAUUGACCUGGACUUCAAGAACUUAGGAUUCCUCGGUUCAGUUUUUCAAGGUGUCAUCAAUUCUGUCGGAACCUUCAUAUUUGACAGCAUCAAACCAUUUAUAUUGAAGGAAGUUAAUACAAACGUGAGGGGCGAAGUGAACAAGCAGAUAUCACAAUUACCGCAAUACUUUCCGAAUUCGAUUUCACCCUUCGAUAUGGCAAUCGCAGAAGCCCGCAAGCAAGUUUCUCAGAUGGGCUAUGAUCCGUACAAGCUAAAGGAUUAUACUCAGAGCGUCGGUGUAUUCACCGUGACCUCGUCGCAUACCUGGAUCACUGGUCUGGCUAGUUUCUAUCGCAUGGGAAACAUAACUAUUACCAUGGAGAAUGGAACUGUAUACGCACUCCUGGACGUCGGCACCCAGGAACUGGAGGGCAAAACGCACUGGGAGGUGAGCGUGAUCGGCGGUUUCCUGUCGCGCGCCGGCACCGUGUCCUUCACCGUCCAAUACUUCCGGGUGCAAGUGAAGCUGAGCCAGCCGCUGGACACGCGGAAGCGCGCCACUUUGGAGGAGCUGGAGCUCGAAUUGGGCAACAUCCAAGCGAGAAUCCACGGCGCCGGCACGUUCGAUUAUCUCGUGGAAGCGAGCGUUAAUAUACUGCCGAACCUUUUAAGAUAUCAGAUCAUGGACGCGAUCGAGGGACCGUUGAGGAGACGCAUACAAGACGAGUUGGACACGGUAGACAUGGAGAAAUUGAUCGAUGAGAAAAUUCCGGUGAUCGAGGAGCAGGCUAGGUGGAUGCAGGGUUUUGUACCUGCAGAGGAAACGAUCUUAGAGGAACCCACGUUGUCACCGCACAGUCAAGACGAUCAAAUGCCGUUUUCUGAGAGCGAAGAGGAACGAGGGCCAUCGUAAGAAAGGCGUCGAUGAAUCACAAUCGAACGUUCAAGCUGUUAACCCCCCAGACGGCCAAUAAUUCGGGAUAAAUUCCCAUUUAUAAUGUAAGCACGUAUUGUACAUCACGCGUGAUGUAUGCGUGUAUUUUAUAUAAUUCGUGUACAUUUUGAUUUUUUAAAUGUUCUGUAUAAUUUAUAAAUAGAAUUCCUUUUCAUGAAUCAUAAAUCGACCGAGAGCAAGCUUCGCAGCUCAGAAAAGAAUGGAAGAAUUGAAAAAUGUAUGCACGUCUUUGUGACACAUUUGACAAACAUGCGCAAUUUAUGUUCGAUGAAUAAUUCAGUUACGACUUGACAAAAUAUUCAAUAACGAAAUUGACGAAAUAUCUAUUGUGGCCUAUAUUUUUUUCAUGCGCAUAGAUUUUUAUGUGUAUAAUAUCAUAAAUAUAUCAAUAGAAGAUGAAUAUUUAAUAAGAAUGAAUUUUUAAGAAUAAAUUGACCUCCAAAUCAAACCACUUUAAUUUAUACUAAAAAACAAAUAUUUAUCAAAUUUACAAUUAUAGAAUACAAAUUAAAUUAUAUAAUUGCAAAUUUAUUAUACAAUUAUAUAAAAUUCCACAUUUGAUGAUUAUUAAAAAAAAUAAAAUCAAGAGAUUAAAUCACUUUUAUCAAAAGGAACAUUACUAGUAUUAUUAAAAACAUUAUAAUUAUAACUGCAAAAUUAUAAGUGUUAUGUAUAAAUGGUUAGAGGCAAGGUUGUUCGACAAUAUAAUAACAGCAUACAAAUU